AUGAGUGACAAUUCUUCAUCACUAUCAACGAAAGAAACGAGAGAGGAAGAGAGCCGUCAAUCCCUUCAUUCUUUAUCAGAGUCAUUGUUCAAUCUCUGCAGUCUAGAAACCCUUGAAACCAAUACACACUUUCAAAAGAUCAUUGAAAACACAUCCGUCCAAUUCAAAGAAUGUCAAUUUCCUGACAAUGAAUAUCACAAGAAAGGCAUCGUAGAUAUUUGUUUUUGGAUCUCACUCUGCUUUCCAUAUGCUUCAUUAGAGCAUCUUCAACUAUUUGCUUCACUUCUCGCUUAUCUUAGCGUUGUGGAUGAUGCCUGCGAUCAAGAGAAGGAUUGUACUGGAGAAUUAAGAGACGAACUAGAAUCACAUAUUGAAUUGUUAGCCACCCUUUAUCCUUCUAUUCCUACCACGGACAAGAAUCGAACAACCAUAACAUCACAACCAGAAACCCUGUUGUUAAGUCCAACAACAGAUGCAACACUAGCUCUCCAUAUCACAACACCAGCUGAUUCUCCUUGCGAUUAUUGUGCAUUAACCAGUCCAAAUGCAGACUCUACCAAUACAGAUCCAGUGACAACAUCCCCAAUUCAAGCUUCGGCUGAAGUUGUCACAGCUUCAAGUGUGUUAUCAAGCACCAUUUUACAUCAUUCAUCCUCAGCGAUAGGGGCUUCACGAAGUCGUACAAAACACAGUACUGUCACAUCUACUUUCAACCCAUCUUUGGAGCUUGGAAAGAAAGUCCUUUUACAGUGUUAUUCAGAGUUAACGUCAUCCGUUUGUCAGUCAUCAAGGACAAGUUUCGAGAUUGAUCAUUUCGAGAAUGUUAGAUCCAUCAUGAUGGAAACAUUCGAGAACAAUGUUUGGAUGGCAAAGUUGUGGGUGAAGGACUCGAGUCCAUCAGUAAGAGAGUACUUGAAAAUGAGAGAAAGUGAUUCAUUAGCGAAAGUUUUAAUGUAUUUUGGUUUUUUGAUUGCUGUCGGAAGGAAUGAAGAAAACACACGAAUGGAUCAAGUCGUUGUUGCCAGUACAAUCUCAAACAUGUUUGACGACCUCAGAAAGAGUGAGUUCUAUAAUGAUGCUGUCAAAGCAUGCAUUCUUGUCAACGACGUUUGUUCCUAUCCUAAAGAUUUGAAAUGUGGAAUUAAGAACAAUUAUAUCUCUCUGUGGAUGAAAGAGCAUGAAGGAUCAAAUUUGGAGGACAGCAUCAUGAAUUGCCUUUCAGAGCUUGUAAAAUGUAUGGAAAGCAUGAAUCGACAAUUGGAAGAGCUGUCGUCAAAGAAAGAUGAAGAAGCCUUUCUCAUGUAUGACAUCUACAAGAACUUUCAGAGUGUUGCCGUUGGUUACAUGGGAUGGUGUUUAAAAUCUCCUCGAUUCAAACAUGAAAAUCAUCCACUGCCUUCAUUACAAAAGAAGCCAAAGAUCAUACUUACAAACAAAGAGCAACUCGUCGAUGAAACAACUCCAAUCAUUACCACGCCAUCUUUUUCACCAGUAACCUAUUUGGAUGUUAUACGACAUGAAAAACGAAAGAAACAAUUGUUACAUCCACAUUCUUUCAUUACCAUCGAAAUUCGGGAUGAUUCCUUGUCGGACGGCAAAGUGACCACUCUCUCAACCAAUAACAAUUAUUGCAGUGAUGACGAAGUAUUUGAAUCCAUACCAGAGGUAGCCUUUCAACAACAAUCCUCUCAACACUCUCACACAUCUGUAAGUACCAUACCCAUCGACGAAAUAGUCUCAAUAGAAUUGAUCAAACGAAAAGAACACGAAGUAGUGAAUGUGACCGAUUUAAGGAAAAGCGAACUCGUGUAUAAUCACGUUCUCAAUGGCGUUCCUCUGCUCAUGAUGGUGUUUCAUUACUUUGGUGUUCUCUCUUGGUGGCAGGUGUUUCUAGUUCAACAAUAUUGUACGAUCUUGUGGACUCUUUCUUUACACACAGUGUUGCACGCCUGUGCAAAGUUUGAUGUUGUUUCUGAGGUGUUGAUUGGCCUUGGUACUUUUGGUCAGUUUUUCACUCUCUCAAUUGCCAAGUACGGUCACAAAACACAUCACAUGUUUACAGAGACAGAGAAGGAUGUAGAUUUUGUGUUCUUUUCAACACAAAACGUAUUGCUUCUUCUCAUCAAGUGCAUGUUUUUUCCAGAAUACUAUUCUAUAAUCUAUGCUUCACACUUGGUGAGCAAAUUGCAAGCAAUUGAGAAUAAUAUCUUGCAAUCCACAGAAUUCAAACAGUUCGUGAGAUUUGUUGUCAUUAUGACAGUGAAAAUAUUUGUAUUCAUUGUGCUGACUGUCAUGUUCACAACCUCCUAUGUCGUGGUAAUACUGAGCUCGAGAUUUGCGUCCAGCUAUGUGUUGGCAAUCUUCACCCAACUCAUUCACAAAUUUGAUAUGGUUAAAUUUGUGAAUAAGAUCAACAACAUCCUCCCUCAAUGCAUGCAUUUGGAUCGAUUACUAAAUUUAUUAUUUGGAUCCAACAUUCAAGUGGUGAAAUACCAUGCCAUUCAUCAUGAGUUUCCUUGGAUUUCUCCAACGUCCUACUAUCCCUAUCUCAUGAAUUGUGAGCUCGAGCUGAAAGCUAAUCGUAACAACAACCACUCUCAAAAUUCUACCAGUUCGAAUUCGUCCACCUCUACUGCACCUGUAAAUUAUUCAAUCAAUACUGACAAUGCGGUUUAA